CUUGGUAAAAACAAAUUGUACGAUUAUAAAAAAAUAAAAAAAUGGUUAUUAUAUCUUUGAACUACGAAGUGCUAUUCAUUUCAAUCAUUUGUAUGGUAAUUAUUAAUUUGGCAAACACGAAGAUAAAUAUAGAUUUUGGUAAGCAUAAUAAUUAUUUAACUUUUAAAUAAACAAUAUAGGUGCUUCUCUUAAUAAUACUAUAGGUAUGUAUAAUAUGAAUUUUAUUUCUAAAAAAUUAUUAUGUAAAUGCAAUCGUAACUAGACAUUGAAGUUAAUAUUUACAUAAUAUGUGAAUAUGUAUCAAAAUUAAUAUAAUUAAAAGAAAUAUUCUCCCUUCCUGACAACAAACUUAAAAGUAAUUUAUUAUCUUAUUAAAUACAAUGGGAUGACAAAAAUUAAGUACGUCUUUCAACUAAAAUUUUAUCGAUUUAUGGAUUUUUUUUUAUGGAGGAUACUAUUCGAAAUUAAACACCACAGUUGUGGUUUAUUUGAAAACAUAAGGAUGAAUAAAACAAAAGCAUUAUGCAUAAUUUUAGAAUUUUCUAAAACGAUUUCAACAAAAUAGUUAACAUUUUUCGCGAUUCUAAAAUAAUUAAAUAUUUUAUAGAUAUAAUUAUAAUUCAUUAAAACGGACAGAUAUUUAUGCAUAAUAAAACAAAAUUUGGUAUUUCACUGGGAUUGAAGGAUUUGUUCAUAAACAAUAAUAUAAAUAUGGCAUUCAUUUUUAUUUCAGAUUUACCAAAAAAAUAUGAAAUCAGUUACAAAGAAUACUAUUUUAGAUCACUAGUUCGUUGUGAGUAUUUGGUAUACGCUUAUACUUUAUUGAAUUUUUGUAAACUUGUAUAAAUUCACAGUUCAGUAAACAUGUGGUUGGCUUAACAAUUAUUAUCUGGUUGGUCUGUAAAGUUAUAUUUAUUGAAUGGGUAGCAUUUCACAAAAUAACAAUCUAAUAGGUGGUACCUACACAAUUUUUUUCCAUUUAAGUAUCCAAAAUAUGUAUGUGAUUCAUAUAAUUCAUAAUGAAUUUAAUUAGCCAUACUACAUACGUAAUAAUGAUGGUUCACUGAUGAUUUUAUUGAAACUUAACAUGUUUGUUGCCUUAUUAUAGUUUUAAAAUAAUAUCCCAAAUACCUGCUUAACAUAUUAUGCCUAUAGGCAUUAGACAUACCUAAGAGCAAAUAUGUUCCUCCAAAAAUGUCAAUAGUUCCUCAAACUUCUUCUGUUAAUUUUUUACAUUUAUUGAAUUGAAUAUUUUUAAAGACAUAAUAUAUAACAAUAAAUAAUUAUACCGAGGUAUUUAUGUAUGUAAUAUGCGUAGUAAUGCAGUCAUACAUUUUUUAAUGAGUAUACAAAGUGGUGUAACUGGAAUUUAAAUUAGAAAAGGCCGAUGAGCAAACAAAAAAAAAUCCGAACAUACAUAUGCAUGGUUUUUGAGUAGUUUAUUAGAUUUAUUGCUAAGUGAGAUAGAAAUCAAAACAACGAAAAACAUAUCAAAAGUUUAUAAAACAUUUGUAUGUAUAUUUAGUGAUUUUAUGGUUUUAAGAGCAUAUUUGUUAAUUUUACUAUUUUUAGAUGCAAAUUUGAUAAUAACCAUGAUGAGAGUAUUUAAAAAUGCAGUAAUAAAUAAAUAUAUGCGUUAACUUUGAAACUUUUCUCUGGGUAUUAUUGUAUUGCGUUUUUUUAAAUAUGUAUCUUAUAGCUUCUAUCAAAAUACGACUAUGUUCUUUAAAGUAAUUAUUUUAGGAAAUAAUUCAAUGAUUUCAAUGGUUAUAGUUGAUUACAUCUAUCCAGGCUCGUCACUAGGGUACAAGUAAGCAAUGCGUUACUUUAGGGAAGUAUAUAAUUUUAAAGAAAUUAAGAAGUGACAAAAUGAAAUUAAUAAUCGUCAAAAAAAAAAAAAAAUAGUAGUCAAAUAUUCGCUUUAAGGCAGAAUGUAUUAUACUAUGAACCUGAAUAUACCUACCCGUAAAUAAAAAUAUCAGUUCCGACCAUAGUUAUCUACUUAGGUUGGAGUAUGGAGUGUUAUAGCUGUAAAAGUGGCGUUUGUACGAACUAUGAGAACUAAAAAUCAAUAACCUGAGUUUAACUUCAAAUAGUUCGAUUUGACAUGCAAUUUGUUCAACCUAUAAUUUACGUGUUUAACAUUUUUUUGUGUCUAUGUAAUUAUUUAUGCGCAAAAUAUGAAAAACCAUAAUUUUCCUUAUGAUUUACAUGUUCAAAUCUAGCGCUCAGCUAGUACACACAAACGCCACUUCGACAGACGGAUGGCGAAAUUUUAAAAUAUGCCACGGUGCAUUUAACAUGUUAAUUUCAAUAAAAAAUUUGAUUUAUGGUAAGGUAGAUUCGUCUUGAUUAUUGGUAAUUAUUAUCGUUUAUUAUGCCAUAUUAUAACAUGAUUAUUUAAAUCGCAUUUUGAGUAAAAAAUGUUUGCAUAUACGCAUUUUUAAAAAACCCUAAAGUGUAUAUAUGCCGUAUACCCACGUAUACGCUCGAUUAUACUACUGAUUAUGCGUAAUUUGUAUUGUAUUUAAUAAAUGAUUCCGACCAUACCGAACUAUUUUACACUAUAGUUGAAAUAAUACAUUAUUUAUAUAAAUGUGUAGUAAGUUUUAAUGUAGAGUUGUAUAGUAAUUAGGUAAAAGUAUAAUAUUUGAAACCGAUGAGCGUAGCGAGUAAACAUUUUGUAUAUGAGUAUAUACUUGUAAAUACCUUAGUUACGGUCUGUAGUCAGGAAUUUAGCCCCCCUCAAAUCUCAAAUGCUAUUUACGCCUAUGCCUAUAUAAGUAUUUGUAUUUUGCAUCUAUAUGAUUUAUUAUUAUGUAUUUAGUUGACCAAAAGAAAUUGGAUCCAAUCGAUUUUUUUAUGGCAUUCUAUAGUAAGUUUCAAAACUGUAUGAGCUUAGAUAAUUGUCGCGUGUGUUAUUAUUUGUUUUACAUUAGCAAAAUAAAGUAAUAACUUUAUAAAAAUGUAUUACUCGAUUACUCAAAUUUACUUUACGCAUGAUUUUGAAUAGAUGCAGAUUCGUUCCGUAAGUGUACAUUUAUUGUUUUUCUUUUUACUAUUAUUUGUAUUAUUUAUAAUACUUGAAAAUAAUAAUAGUGAGCUUUGUAAUACUAAUAUUUAAUUCAAUAUUUUUUAUACAUUGGAAAAUUCAAUCGGAAUUACUAAAUUAAAAAAACAAAAAUUUAAAUUUUAUGUUACUUACCUUCUUAUACGGCUGUUUUAGUCUUAUAGGUAAGUAUAGGCAUGAUAAAUAAGUCUAAAACCUAUUAUAAUAAUAGGCUUACGACCUAUUCAAUAAUUUUACCUAUAUAACCAAUAUAAUAAAAUGUAUGUUUUACUAUCUAAAUAGAAGACUAAAUAUUGUAAUUGUCUGGAACAGUUAUAAUAAUAAUACUUAUAUUUGUUUUUAUUUCAGGCAUACCACGAGUAAGAGAUGCAUCACAAUCACAAUAUGAGCAUUACGUUACAAAUUUUACGACCCAUAUAACUGGAUUUUUACGUAAGAUAGCUAUUUCUUUUAUAGUAUAGCACUAUAGCUUAUGCCUAUGGUUUAUAUAAUAGAUAGGUAAUAUUAUAUUUUAUUGUACAAAAAUUAAAUAAUGAGGUUAAAAGUAUAUAAUAUAUAUUACCUAUAUCACUAUAUAGUAGCGUAGCCAGGGGGUUGAGUGUUGUAACCCCCCUUCCCCAUUAAUUUUUUUUUAGCUAUAAUUAAAUAAGGUUAAGAAAAUCGUAGAAAACAUUCUUUGUAUCGUGGCUGCCGCCUGCCGCGUGCCGUGCAUCACGAGUCACGGUUAAUUGUAAAACAUGAUAGCCAUGAUUCCUUAUCUAUUAAAUAGUCGUUAUCAUUCGUUGCAUAACUUAACGGCAUCACAUUGCACUAUCGAUAUUCGAGUAGCACGUGCAUAUUUUUCUUCAUCAAUCCGUAACUUUUAAUGGUUAUGGGUUUUAAUAUUGUUAUGUUCAUCAAUAUACAUAUACCUAAUGUGACAUAAUGCAAAUUGAUGACAUUACUAUAUCGGACACUUUCAUUGAAUGUUUUAUAUCUACUUAAAAUAAAAACAAAUGUUAGCAUACCAAAGGUACCUAUUUACAUAUUUUAGAUCUUUACAAUUAAAACAAUAUUUUAGGUUAUCGAUGUUUGUUUGAUAGUAAAAAUUCAUCAGACAAUAUAGAUUUUUAAUAUCUAGUUACUCUUUAUCUACCUUAUAUUGAUAUUACAACAGCUAUCCCUAUCUGUUAGCUACAAAUUUGAAAACAAAACUCAAAUGUAAGUCACUAACGAUGAUAUAAUGAUACCAUCAUAUACAUUACAUCCUAUCAAGCAUUGUGUUUUAGUAAUAUUUUCAAAUAUGUUUGUUUUAUUAAAAAUAUACUUAAAAAGACGUCUUAGGUUAAUAGGGACGGGUACAGUCACUAUUAAAGCUAAUUUAAUGUAUACCUACAAGCAACGAUAAAUCAUUACCAACGAAAAAACGAUUCUAAGUGGAGUUCAGUUGAUAGUGAUGCUUUUCAAUAAUAUAUAUAUAUGUCAUAUUAUGGUAAAAUAAUUAAAUGGGAUUAUAUAUUUUCUUUAAUAAUAUUUGUUUAAUGGACAAUUUUUCCGUUUUUCCUACGUUUUUCCCGGCUGUUCACAUUUGCUGGGAAAAAUCCUUGGAAAAUCAAAAAAUGACCUUCUUAAAAUAUCUUUCCACACCAAUUUCCUUUCAGAAAAGGUGCUUCACUUAAAAGUCAGAGUAAGAUCUCUGGUAGAAAAGUUGUCCACAGAAAAAAAAAUAAACAUCUUUGUAAAACCACAAACUUCUUUGCUCCAUUCAGAAUCUAAAAUUGUGUUUAUACUUUCCAUCUCAAUCAAAAAAUCAAAGAUAAUUUCCUAAAGAGUCUAGAACUAUUCCAAAAAUAAUAUGAAAGAGGUAGAUUAUAAUUAUUUUUGGUGCAUUUUAUUUUUUUGGACUCUGUCAAACAGAAUUAUCUAUAUGGAUUAGUAUUUCAAAGACUCUAAUUUAUUAUCAGAAUAUUAAAAUCACAUCAGAAGGAACUAAACGAAAUUGUCAAAAAUCAGAGAAAAUAGAUUUUUUUUAAAUAAUACAUUAUAUUAAAUAUUUAUGUAUAAAUUGUGGAUAAGGUAAUCUUCUAUAAUACAUAUUUUCGUAUGACAGUUGGUAAUGUUAAACAAAAAUAAUCCCUCAUAAAAAUAACAAUGUUGAAUAUUAUGUCAUGAACAAUGAUAGAAUAUAUAUAUAUAAGUUUAUUAAUUUUUUUUAGUAUUUAAUUACAACCAAAUUGGAAUAAAAUUACUCGACGUAAUUAAAAUAUUGCCAACAGAUGACGGUAAGUUACUUUUUAAACUGUAACACAUUAAUAUCAAUGACGUAAACAUGAUUUCUUAGAGAGGGGAGAGGGCAUAUAAAAUAUUUCUACGCUUCUUAUACAGAAUAAAUUAUUCAUGGAUAAACUCUAGGGUAACUUAAUUAAUAAGUACGUAUUGAUAAUAUAUCAUUACUAACUUAAAACAAUUCUGAGCGAAGUUCGGUUAAACCAUGUUUUGAUGUAUGCUUAAUAAACUUAAAAUUCUAUUGAUUUGUACCUAUAACUACAAAAUAAAGUACAACUAUCUUUGUUUGUUGGUCCAAAAUUAAUAUUACUCGUAACAUAUAUUUGUAUAAUAUAUGAAUAUAAUGAAUAUAUACAUGUAUAAUACAAAUUUAAAUCCAAUAUUUCGAGAGCUGAACAAUUCAAAAUUGAAAUUGUGACCACGAAUCAUACUUACAUAAAUCAUUCACGUGUAAUUUAUUUAAAUCAAUAAUUAUUUAGAUCGAAGUUUACGUACACAUUACAGUGAAUUUCAUAAGUUCAAGACAAGGAAAGAAUUUAGCGGUGAGUAAAAUUGUAAUAAACCAUAAGUAAGGUUUUUUUAAAAAUAUAUUGUAUACAUUCCUUAUAUUAAAAGAAGAAAAACACAUAUAAACAGCAGAGUUAGUUACGAGUUAAAUGUUCGCCUAGUACGAUGUUUAUUAGAAUUUAAAAUUUUUUGAAAUUGGAUUUUAUUAUGUUUUAAUAUCUUUAAUAAUAAUUUUUUAUUACCAAAAAAAAAAGCUGAUACUGGGGAUGGGAGCAGCCACUGUUGAAAGUGAGAAGUUGGGAAGGUAGGAUACUUAAUAAAACCAAUAGCCACUCGUUACGCUCGGAAUCUAAAAAUAGCCGAUAUUGUUGAUAGCUACCAUUAUUAUAGGUUAAAAGUUUUGAAGGAUACCUUAAAUCAUAUAAAUCAUCGCUUAAGUAUUCUGUGCAAAGUUCCAUUAUACUUGUUUUGUAAUGCCGUAAUUUUUACGAUUUUUGUCAGUAAUUUGUAUGUGAAAAAAUAUUGCAUUGCAUUUUACUUUUAGAUUCAGAGCAUAAUGUCCCUCAUUAUUUUGUUAUUAGUUUUACUACGACGUGUAUUUUUUAAAUUUUUUGUGUGUCUGUAAAAAAUUCUUCUACCAGAAAUGUUGUUUCAAUGUUAAUAUAUUUAGUGUAGUAUCUUUUCUGAAAGGAAAUUUUGUCUAUUUAGUGCUCUAAAGAGGCCUUUUUUUGAAGAGGUUUUCCUAAUAAUUACGAGAAACCAAGAAAAAAAUCUAGGAAACAAGGUAAAGUGUACAACAUAAGGGUUUUUCUUGUUAUUCGGUUAAAAAUUAUUGUAGAGACAUUAGUGGUCUAUAGAUUAUAUUGGCCUUUUGUAGGCGUGGGAAAAUAUCCAAAUCAUUGUAACUAAUUUUAUACUAUUUAUAAGUAUUCGAUAUUUUAAUGUUUCAUAUGUAUUUUUAUUUAGUAGGUUUCUGUUAUUAAAAUUAUAUUAUUUAAGACAAAGGCUUGAAAAUUUAACACAAGGUAUAUUAUAAAUUCAAAAACGUCGAAAAUAGUCGGUUCCUGCAAAUAUUACAUAUUUGACAGAAAUGAUAAAAUCAGCCUGGUCGAAAAACCAUUGACCAUCUCUAUCUGGUAUCGUCGAUAAGAAUUUAUAAAAAUAAUUCGAUAAUUCGAUAAUAUUUUACACAGCCAUUUAUGGUAGAUAUAAUAUCUAAAUGUAAUGAAUUUCAGAGAUAGAAUUCAGAUUUGUGGAACUUAUAAUUUUAAAGAAUAUCCUCAGUAAGUCAUUAAAAUGUAUGUUAAUUAGUAAUAAAUGGAAUAUUAUUUUCUUCAUUAUUUAUCUAAUCGUGUAAUUGCAUGCCAAGGUCACGUAAUUACCUAAUGUAAAUAAUAACGAAUACAUUUGUAACGAUACAAGUAAUACUAUUAGGUAAUAUUAUAGGUACAGUUGUGUAUAAUCGUAAACUGAAAAAUAGGAAUCCGCCUUUAAUGUAUUUUCAUUUAGGGCUCUAACACUAUAAUGUGUUUUACUUCCUGUUUGGCGAUUUUCUGCAAUUAUACCUACAUAUUAUAAAUCCACAUUUUUAUUAAACCAUAAUAUAUGUAAAACUUUUUCUUUAUAUGUAUUCAAUUUUUGUAUGAAGUUGUUUUUUUUAUCUAAAAAUUGUGACCUAAUUGGUCUAUUCAAAUUUUUAAUUAUUACACAAAUACUUAAUAAUAAUAAUAAUUAGCUAUUUUUCUAUUGAUAACUAUAAAAUCAUAUAUUUUACAGACUUAUUUGGCUUUUCAGUUACAGAUUAUGGUAUGUAAUAUGAAAUAAGUUGUUUUUUUGUGAAAAUCUAUAUACGUGUUUUAAGUGAACUACAAGAGAAAAAAAAAAAAAUCUAAAAUAACAGAAAUCGUUAUUACGUACAUUUUCUUGUUUUCUAGCGUACAAGUAUUUUCUCAGUUUCUCCCAAUUAUUAACACAUUAUAAAUAAAAUCGCAAAUUGAUCACCUCAAUACAACAACUGGAUACAAUUUGCUAGUAGAUAUUAAUAAACUCCUUGCUAUGCUCAGAAUUUAUCAUAUAUUAAUUUAAUGUAGACGUCGUGUAUCAAACUUGAACAAAACAAACUUCGCGUAAAAUAUAUUUUGAAAUAAUUCCCUAAAUAAGAUAUUAUACUCAAUAUUAACGAAUGUUAAAAAUUAGUUUAAAUGUAUAAUUUGUUUCAGACAGAGAGCUGAAAUCGGAAUUGAAAAAUCAAAAGGAUUCUAAGAGUAUGAAUGAAGAAUAAAUAAAUAAAUUUAGUGAAACAGAAUAUUCGAAUUCCAGUGUUUGGAAAGUUUCUUUUAAAAAUGAAUUCGUUCCCGUUCCUCGUUCAUACUGUAAAAAUGAAUUCGUUCCCUUUUCUUGUUCUUACUGUAAACCGUUCCUUGUUCCUUUAAGCAUUCCUUUUAUUAUCUUUUAUGAAUAUGCAUAUUACAUAUUCAUAAAAAAAAGGAUAACGGGAAGUUAAGAAGGUAGAAAAACUCAAAUUGGAAACUAUACUUACUUUUUAAAAUUUACAUGUUUAAAAUCCUAAUAAAUAAAACAAAAUACAUUUCCUAGUUCCUAUCCAAAAAUUAAAAAUUGAAAAACAUAUUACUUGAAAAAAAAAUUCAACAUCAAUUUAUUCAAAAUUCAAAAUAUAAUAUUUUAUUAACCAUUAAAAAAAAAAAAAUUAAUACACUGACAAUCAAUGAUAUCAAUUAUUAUUUGUAAAUUUGACGUCUGUCAUUAUCAAAUAAAUUAUAUUUUUUGUUACCAUUUAAAAAAAUUAUCACCGAGAUGCUGUGUAUAUCACGGAUAUAUAUAUAUAUAACUAAAUUAGUAACUGACGACUGAUACUAACACUAUACAAUUUUUAAAGAAUAUCAUCACUAAAUUAACGCGCGUUCCAUUAUUUUUUUCUAAUAGAAGAAAUGAAAACUUCCCUUCAUGUUUCACAUAAAUAGGAAUUCUUUCUCGGUCAUCGUUCGUAUAUUUGAAAAAGAACGCGUUCCAAGCUUCGUUUCUAUGAAAGGAAUGCGUUCCUUCCCAACACUGUCGAAUUCAGAAAAAAAAAAAAUGUGUUACAACACAAUACAGUAUAUUAUUAUUCGAAUAGGUGACCAAAAAUAUAAUUAUUGAAACAAAAAUAUAUCACAUUAUAUGAAUUUCAGAAACAAUCAAAACUGUUAAGGAAUUCUAUUUGGAGCUAAGUAAAUAGUUUUAAUUUAAUAAUUAAUAACUAAUAGUAAAAUAUUAUUUUAUCAAGUAAAAAAACAUUGUGAAUCAUUUAAAAUCAAGUUAGAAAUAACCUAAUAAGCUAAUACCAAAAAAAAAAAAAUAAAAAUCAAUAAGUUUUAUCUUUAGGCAUUUUAAUGCUUUUUGUUUACAAAUUAUUUUAUAACUGCGUGAAAAACACUCUAAAAGAAGUUGCAAUGAAUAAUUUUUCAUAUAUGUACAACUUGGAAAAUAAAAUUUAGUACGAUUUUCCAAUGUGUACCUAUUGUAAAAGUACAACAGCGUAAUAUUUUCAUAAUGGGUGCCUAAAACAUUAUGGAUUAGUUACAUUAGUGUUAAAAAUUGUUAGUACACUUAUAACUAAUAAAAAAAAUUAUACGCACUAAUGUUAAAAAUACAUAGUAAAUUUUGUUUUUUUUUUCAUUUUUAGAACUUGAAUAUAAAAUUGAAAUGUCAACCAAAUUUAUAGGUAAAUUUGUUUUAACUUAAAAUUUACAUUCAUCAUAAAAAUUAGUUAAAGGUAUAAAGUGUAAUUAUUACUCUUAAAUACUAAUAUUAACUAGCAUUAACUAUCGAUAAUUAACUAGCAAUUAUAUUUUAUUAUUACGUACAAAUAUGAAUUUAAUUUCUCAAUAAAUAUAUUAUCUUACUAAAUGUAUAAAAAAAAAUUGAAAACUGAUCAUUAUUUUGGUGAAAAUAGGUAUCGCGACAAAAAAACAAUUCGAGGAUAUAGGGAGGUGUAAGUUUAUUAUACAGUUACAACUUAACCAACAAUUUUGAACAAUUGUAGGAUGAUAGUGCUCAAAUUGACAAAAAAUGUCAAUUGUUUUAGUUUAGAAACCAUCGUUCCGUCUACUAUAUAAAAAUGAAACUUUAUUAGUUCGUCCAUGAUCUAUAGACUCAAAAACUAAUAAAUCAACUGGCACAAAUCCUUUGAGACUCGAGAAAGGUUUUUACCUUCAUUUUUCAACCAUUGAAGGUUACUAAAGGAUAACUCACACACGAAUUAAUGAAUACUUAUGAAAUAUAAACUAUUUUACAUAAAAUGUGAUAUUGAGUGUUCUUGGUAACGGAAAAUCUCAAAAACCACUGGACCAUUUAAUAUUGGGCACGGGCAAAACUGAGUGGGAAAGUUGAAUAGUUUGACAACUCAGGAAUCAGGGCUCAGCUAGUAAAUAUGGACAAAAAAUAAUGUUUUUUAUAUAUUUAUGGGCAAUAAAGGUUAAUUGCAAUAAUAGUGAUUGGUUGGAAACGGGAACUAUGGGAAAACACGUUUUUAUUUUGUUUAUAUUUUUUUUGUUCAAUACUGACCCGGAAAAAGAUACGUACAUGUUUUCUAGAAGAUGAAUGUUACCACAACCUACAGGUUAUUAAUUAAAUAAUUUAUUGACAAAAAAAAAAAAGUUAAGAACUUACACUGAGACACCUUGUAAUUAACAUCACUAUACGAGUAUUAACACCUAUUAACCAAUUAUUCACCUAUUAAAGAGAAAAAAUACUUCCUGUAAUACUUCUUCUCAUUUUCCUUCAUCCUAACAAUACGAAUAAAAGUUACAUGAACUGUUUUUUAAUAUUUUGAAAAAUGUUUCCCCGAUCAACUGGCCAGAUUUAAACUAAAUUUCGGAUAACUGCAGUUAUAAUUGUGAUGUGAACAUUAAUACAGUCGUUUACUCCAAAAUCUUUCCUAGCAUUUAUGGGUUGAUUAAAAUAAAUGGUAGGUUACAAUUUAUGAAAAUAUGAAAGUGGACAUCAUCCCUCCUCUAAUUCAAGCACUAAAGUUAUGAUUUGAAUAAUUGUGUGUAUUUUAAAUUUUAUAUUAUGUAUAUUACUUAGGCCUGCGUGAAAGUGAUUCAUAAUACUCGAUUAUCGAUUAUUUCAAAUAGACAAGCAGAAAAUUGCAUAUGCGCGUUGUCAAAAAACCCAGAAGUGUAUACAUGCCGUAUACCCAUGUAUACGUAUGACUGUGAUAUACCUGAUGAUGAAUUUUUAAUUCAAAACCGGUCAUAUUAUAAUACACUUUUCAUUAUACUCUAAGCAACGCAUUCAUUAAUUCAUUUAUUUUUUAUUUCUAUAUAUAUUUUUUAGACUCAGAGUGGAACGAGGAAUAUAUUGGUUUUACAAUAAUAUUUAUUUUUUUUUUUGUGAACGUUUUUUUUUACCAGAAACCAUACUCCGAAUAUCGAGUAUAGCACCUUUUCUGAAAGUAAAUUUUCUCUGGGUGGAUCUUUAAAAAAAUCAUUUUUUGAAAUUCUCAUUAUUAUUCGAAAUAAUGAAGAAAACAUCGGUCUUUAGGUUAAAAAAAUUGAAAGAUUAAAAAUAAGGUUGUCAUUGGUAAUAGUUUUUAUUUAUAUUUUGUUAUUAUAAAGAUUUAUAUUUUUUUUAUCUAUUUCAAACAAUCAUUGUUGUCAUGGAAACGCAUAUUGUUUUAAUCAUUUUACCAUAAUAUAAUAUACUACCAUAAUAUAUUGCAUUAUUGACAAAGUAAAAUUAUCAACUGAACUCGGCCCAGAAUCGUUUCUUACAGAUAUAAAUUUAAUUUCUGCCUAUACCCUACCUUCCCAACUUCCCACCUACAAUAGUUGCUGCACCCACGUGCGAAGUAUGUCCGUCCUUUUUUAUUUAUAUAUUGAUUAACUAUAUUUAAAAUAUUACAUUAAAAUGAAGCUGGGAUAAUGGUAAUGGACCGAACUAAAAAGUAUUAUUGUAAUAAGAGUAUUAUCAAUAUAAUCUAGUAUCUAUGGUAUUUAUUUAUCGACUAUUCGAUGUUUUAUUUUGAGUUUUAAAUAUCAAAAUUAACAGUACUAUCAAUUAGUCACGCAGGCCUAAUAGGUAACCAUAAUAAUAUAUUAAUAAUAUGGUUACUUUAAUAAUUAUUAUUUAUUUGAAACAUGUUAUAUUAUCUAUAGUAAUGCAAUGUAAGUACAAUAUUUUAUUUGAUUAAUGUAGCUUAUAUAUUUGUUUUAAUCAUAAUAUUUUAUGAAUUAGUUUAUAGUAGACAAUAUAAGAUAACUGAUAUAGUUUUCCUAACUAUAAGUAUUACUUCCUAUAAGGAACAUAAAAACAUAACCUCCCCAGUACAGCAACGAGACACGAUUUUUUAACAGAAGCGACCCUUGAAGUUGAUGUUCAGAGAAAGAUUUUUAGUAGGUAGACAAUUUUUUAACAAAAUUUUUUUUUCGUUUUUAGAACAUUUUAAAAACAAGUAGUUAUAAAAUAUUAUAUUUAUGUUAUUUUGUUUUUAUUUUAGAAGGUGGAAUCACUACCAACUUUGAUUUUCACAUAGUUACCUAUACCAGGUGAUUCAUUUAAGCGGGUACACUCAUUAUCUCGGAAAAUAUUAACUUUUUCCGGAAUUUGUUUUCUAGAACAUUUAAAAAACAAGCUGCUUUAUAAUUUUUUUAUCGUCACGUGGGUAAAACCACUACCUACUUUGAUUUUAAAAUGUCAACCUAUGUUAAAAAGUCCUUAAAUAGAUGGAGUAUUAAUUGUUUCAAUCAAUUUUAAUGUUGAAAUUUUUGAUUUCCGUCGAUCUAUUGAUGAGAUAUUCCACUUUUAAGUUUGGGAUGGAAGAGAGUCGUGGAGUAUCAUUUGUGUGGCGGUACGGCACGCGGCAUAUUAAUAAUGCACAAUUACUUUCUUUCAAUCUAAACUUAGAAGUGGAAUAUCUCGUCAACGGCUUCACAGAAAUCAAUUGAAAAAAUAUCAACUCUUGAAUUUAUUUUAACUAAUACUUUAUCUAUUUAUGGAUAUUUUAAUGUAGUUUGCCGUUUGAAAUUCAAAAGUAGGUAAUAGUGGGUUUUACCUCCAAAAAUAAGAGUGACAAAAAAUAACAUAAAUAUAAAAUUGUGAUUUUGUGAAUUGUAGAUCAGUUUGUUUCUUUAAUGUUCUAGAAAACAAAUUUCGUAAAAAGUUAAUACUUUCCGAGAUAACAAGUUUACUCACUUAAAUGGAUCCCCGGUAUUAAAAAUUCUAUAUAUAGAUAGAUUUAUUGGUUUAAAUACAUUUUGGGGUUAACUUUUUUUCUUUCAAUCAACUCAUUGAUGAGAUAUUACACUUUUAAGCAUGCCGUUCUAUUAAUGGAAAGAGAGAGGUGAAAUAUCAUUUUUGUGGUGGCACAUUUCUCGGUGUUUGAAUAGUGGUCCACUACUCUACCACUAUCAACAAAAUGGUAAACGUAAAAAUUAAAUAUCUCAUAAAUGUGUUGACAGAAAUUUAAAAUGUCAACAUUAAAAUAUAUUCAAACCAAAAUUCCAUUUAUUUACGAAAUUAUACAGGGUGUCCCACGAGGAUUCGACAAAUGCAAUAACUUUUGUUCUAUUCAAUAUUUUUGAUAUAUAUAUACAUAUUUAAAUAAUUAGUAUGCCUUUGCGUCACAGUUUAUGUAUACAAUUUUUUUUUUUUAGUAGGAGGUUGACUUAAAAUAAAAAAUAGCAAAUUUGUAAAAUAGAUUUUUAGAAAGAUUUUUGGUGUUUGAAACUUUUAUUAAAUUAUGGUCUUUUAUUUUCUACGAUUUUAUGAAAAUUUAAAUAACUUUCUUUUCAAUUAUAACAAUAUUAUUUAUCAACAUAAAUUACCAAUUAUUGAUUGAUUGAUACCAUCUAAUACUUAGAAUACAAUAAUAUUAUUGCAUGAUAUUAACUCAUGGAAAAGAAAAUCUUAGUCAUGUGCUCUGACUUAUAACUAAUUAAAUAUUGUAGUAUUCACAUUUGCGUAAAUUUAAAAAAAAUUGUUAAAAAUAAAUACCUACCACUUGUUUGAAACGGUAGCCGUUUGCGUUGAAUAAAAAACAAUUUUAUUUAUUUAUUUUAUCACUGUAUUACUAUAGUAUCAUUUUCCAGUAGCAUUCAUAAUUAGCUAUAUUCAAAGCUAUAUCAUAGCAUAUGCUAUAGCAUAUUAUAUUUAUUUACUCAAUCUAUAAAACCACUAAGAUAUUUUGUCUCCAUAAUAAAAAAUGUUUUCACUCGAUAAAAAAAAAAGCAUAGGUCAAGUAUCCUUAAUUUUAAUAAAAAAAUAAGUGAUAUCCCAACAAAAAUUCUCGGUCUACUACUAAUAAAAACCUCACUAAGAAAAAAAAAACUCAAGUUAAAGAAGUUGUGAUAUCAAAACGAGGCUAAGUAAUUACUUAAAUUUAUUAGUAUAGAAAUUAUUUAAAAUUGUUUGUAUUUAGGCGGCUACUUGUAGUAUGUACAUUAUAAAAUGGGAAUGUAAAUAUUCAUAAAAGGCAUUAUAUCUUUAUUUGUAGUGGUAAAUAUUAGUAGCUACCAAGCUAAGUUAAAUUAUUUGUAUUAAAUUAUCGAACUUCAUCAAAAACAAUUAAUAAUUAUUAUAAACAAUUUUUAUAUUAAUGAAUUUAAGAAAUUACUUAGCUCCUUUUUGAUAUCACAACUUUUUAAACUUGAGUUUUUCUUCUUAGUGAGGUUUUUACACGCUGUUGACUGAGAGUUUUUGUUGGGAUGUAAUGUAAAUAAAUAAAAUAAUAGUAUAUAAUUUUAAUAACAAUAUUUCAAAUGUAUUGAAUUAAUAAUAUUUUAGUAUUAUUAUCAUUACUAAUUUGCUAUCUGGGACCUAACUAGUACAAUGUUGUAUUUUAUUCGGAUAAAUGGGAAAUAAAUUAUAAGUUAUCUGAGAUAAAAACUUUAAUAAUUUAGAUACAUUUAUCAAUAGAUAGAUAUUUAAAAUGUUAUUAAUUAAUAUCGUUAUAAGAAAAAAAUACCUAAGUAAUAUAUUUUAUUUUCAUUAAUAUGUUUUAUAGAUUAAUUUUUAAGUUCGGCACAUCAAUGAUACAUUUUUUUUUUUUGAAACCAAAUAUGAUCUUUUUCUGGCACAUUUUAAGAACUAAAGUUUUUGGUGUAAUCAACAAAAUCAUAUUUUUUAAAUUUAGAUAUAAAUUUGCUGAAUGUUUGUCUAGAUAUUUUAAAAUAUAUCUUUAUAUUACACAGUUAUUUACUAACAAAAAUAACUUUUUUAAAUGAAAACCAAAUACUGAUAAUAUAUUAUACUGAACUGAACAGAUCUUAUAUUAUAUACUUGUAAAAAUACUUUUAAAAAUUAUAUUAUUUAUUAUAUAUUACGAACAAUUUUUUUAUUUCUACCAAUAACUAAACAAACUAUAUUAUAUUAAGUAGAUACCUAAUACAUAUUUUUAUUUUUGACAGUACUCCCCAACCAUGAGGAACUAAACGAAAAAAUAGAGGAUUAUAACAAUGCAUUGUUUAUAUUAAGUAAGUACUUAUAUAAUUAAAUAAUAAUAAAACAAAUUAAUCGUAAAAAACCCACCAAUCAAAAUAGGUAAUUAUAUUUAUUUUUCGACAUAAAGUCACGAAUAAAGAAAUAAAACUAGUUAAACCAGUUUAAGUUAUAGAAUUUGUCAAUAUAUCGAGUAUAUGUCUUAUCCGAAAGAUGUUUAAAAACAACAAAAUAAUAUUAUCAAUAAUUAUAAUUGUACUAACCAGUUUGUUUUUCUAUACUUACAGGAAAAACAAUGUGUGGGUAAAAAUAAGAACUUUUUUUAAACUGAAUAAUCGAAAUUUUGCAUUUGAAUUAUUACACAUAACUGUAAUAUAGAAAAUUAAUCAAUGCCUAAUAUUAUAGGCGAUAUGGAUCCAGUAACAAAAAACGAAUGCAACCAAGUAGCAAACAGUAAGACACAAUCAUUUUGAUUUCAAAAUAAAAUCUACUGCCUGUGUAAAUUAAGUUUUGUUUUUAAAUAAUUAUAUAUCCAUAUACACAAAACGCUAAUAAAAUACAAUAGGAGGCUUGAUGAAAAUGUGCAAUUAUCAUUUGUCAUAAAGACCGGACCCUCGCAAUAUUCUUAUUUAUUUCAUAAAUUUUUUUAUUUUUUUAUUAAAAAUAUAAUAUUUAUAAAUAAACUUAAUGACUAUCAUGACUGCUGCUAGCAGCUAUUAUAAUAGAUAAAUCGGGUGACUUAAAAUCAUUAAAAAGGCAAUUUUUCGAACGUUAUAAGUUUUUAAGGGGCCGCAGCAUAGUAUAAUGUUACAAAAAACGAAACAUACCUGGUACGAUGGAUGCAGCCACUGUUCUUGGUAAAAAGUUGGGUAUGUAAGAUACAGGGGAGAAAUUAAUUUGUAUCUGUAAGCAACCAUUGCUCACUAAAAACGAUUCUAAGCGGAAUUCAGUUGAAAGUGAUACUCAGUCAAUAAUAUGGAUGUCAUAUUAUGGUAAAAUAAGUAAAUAGGCAUUAUAUAAUUUUUUUAAAAAUUUAUUGUUUAAUAUUGUCCCGAUUUGUCCGUGUUUUCUUGAGAAAAUCGAAAAAUGACCUCUUUAAAACACGUUCCAAGUCCGAUAUUCUUCAGAAAAAAGUGCUACACUUAAAAAUUUGAGCAAGAUUUCUGGUAGAGAAAUUUGCUCAACAAAUUGAGGAGUAUUUUCGAUUUAAAUAGUCUAAGCGAGCGAUAGCUGAGUUUCUAGGUACAUCUAAAAUGUAUUUGUUUAUUCCCUGUUUAGGUAAGAGGGAAAAAUAAAUUGCAAAAAAUGUUGACGAAACUUGCAUUUGAACUCGCUAUCCCUAGAAUGACAAUAGGUAUCUAUAACCAUUGUACUACAAUAAACAUACUUUACAGAAAAUAAUACAUAUAGAUUUAUUUAACAUAACAUAAAAUAUUCGCAUAAUAUCAGAACUUUAAAAAUCUAUAAUUUCGAAACUUAGUAAGUCCGCUCAAUUCAGACUUCACCAUCAUUAUUAAAUCAGAAAUAUAUAUAUAUAUAUAUAUGUUCAAAAUAAAAAAUUGAAAAAUAUGUUCCAGAUAAUUUUUCACUUAAAAGAAUUUAAUCAAAAUGUAGUGUUAAAAUUCCUUUAUAAAAAAAAAUAUUCUACAUUAAACUCAAUUUUUUUUUUUUACCACAAAGUAAGACUUUUAAUAAACCUCCUGUUAAAUUUUCAAGCAUUUCUGUAAAGUCUAACAAUUUUACCACAGUGUAGAUAACAAAUAAAAAUUACGUACAAAACUCGUAAAAUUAAAAUGUCUAUAAAUAACUAAAAAAUAACUUCAAAUCUUUUGAAAAUUUUACCACGUCUAGAAAAAGUGAAUUGAAGUUUUCAAAUUUUUCUAAAUUUUAAGUCUAUAGAGUCUAUACGAAUAUUUUUUACUAAAUUUUAACAAAAAUAUUUAUAGUUUUAUAAAAAGCUUAAAAAUUGGCUCAAAUGUUUUGAAAAUUUACCAUUUCUAGAAAAGUCAAAUAUAAUUUUUCUGUUCAAAUGUCGAUUCUUCACGAAUAUUUCUAACUGAAUUAUAAAAAAUAGUAAAAUUUAAAAAAUAAUAAAGCAUUAUUUUUGUAAAUUUACUGUUUUUAUGUUUUUUUUUUUUUCAUUUUUUCCCUUUUAUUGAGAAAACUGCCAGGAAAAUCAGAAAAUAAAUUAUUCACCAAGAAAAUAUAUUUGCAGAAAAAGACCUACAUAGUAUAUAUUGGAGUAUGAUUUCUGGUAAAAUGUAUGUACACAGUAUAAAUAAAUAAUAAUAACGACCAAACGUUCAUAUAUAGAACGUUAUGAAAUUUAAAGAAAGCACUUUUUGAGGAUCCGGUUCUGUUUCAGGCUGUACAUGUUUGUAAUAUUGUAACAUAAUAUAAUAUAAUGCAAUAUUUUUGUUUUUUAUAAAUACCUAACCUAUAUAAUAUAGCAAGUUAAAAUCGAUGACAUAAUUUACAAAAAUAUAAAAAUGAGCCACAUAGUAUUCGUCCGUUUUUCCGAUAAUGUUGAUAUUUGUAUGGGAAAUCGAGAAAACACAAUUCUAUUUACCUUUACGUAAUAAUGUAAUAUCAUGAAUCACGUAUAUUUUACUUCAAAACUUAUGUUUAAUUGUCAAUAAAUAUGUUUAGAUAUUAUGUCCGAAGAACGAAUGCGAUGUAUUCAAUCAGGUACGUAACUAUUUUACUAUAAUAAUAUGUGAACAAAAUAACAUUUGUAAUUUGGUAAUUAUAGGCACUUUAUAAUACUCAAAUGUAUUAACUUGGUGAUGACUACUGUGACCACAUAUAUUAUUAUAGAUUUUACAGCCAUACUUUCUUGGUUAUAUAGGACAUUUUUUCCGAUUUAGUGAUUUCAUUAUUUUCUAUUUUGUUUUUUCAUUGUUAUUCAGUUAAAAAUAAUCAUUAAAAUCUUUUCACAAAAUGCGUAUAUUAGUUUUUAAGUAAAAUUGUCAAAACAUUAUGCCAAUUUUUUUAGUUAUUUAUAAGCAAUUGACAUAUUCUAGUUUUUCGUUUUAGUUUUUAUUUGAUAGAUAAAAUUCUUUGACUCAAUAUAAAUGCUUAAAAACUUAACAGGGUUUUCAUUAUAAAUUCAUAAGUUAAAAAAAAGUAAUGUAUUGUACCUAAUAGGUUUUUUUUAUAAGUGUUUUAAGAUCAAAUUUCGACAAAAAUCGUAAACAUUACAUCAUAUCGAAACAUGUAAAACCAAACUUCAAUCAAAAUUGUUUCGCAUUACUAGUAUGUAGGUGUAGAGAAAGUAAGGUAAUAAUUACGAAGCAGUAAAUAAAUUUCUUCUAAAAUGUCCACUAACUCUUCGUAAAGUUUUGUUUAUUGAUCCUCUGGCAACCAAUCAUCAUUCAACUAAAUGUAAAUUUCCGAACACUGGCAUAGCCGAUAUAGAACUGAUAUAUUUAAAUAUUAAAUAAUAUCGCACAAUGCUGAGUAGACAUAAUAACAGUUAUUUGUAGUGACAACGUUAUUAUAACACAUAGACAUUUUGGACAACCGAUACACAUAAAUAAAACAGUUAGUAAUAAUUUUAUCAUUGCGUAACGAUAUAAAUUAAAUAACUUCAUGUAUAUUAUUUUACAACUUCUCACUUAUAAUAAUGACUCAUCCGUCCCUAGUAAGAGCUCUUUUUUAAAAUUCUCUAUUAGAUUCUGAGUGAAUUGAGAGAUCUGUUGGUUUUUUUUAUAGUAUGUGCUUUUUUUAAAAAAUUUUUUUUCCUGUCUAUAUACAACUUUUCGAGAAAAAAAUCUAGCGUAGUAUGCCUUUACUGAAAAUAAAUUUUGUCUAGUUGAUCCAUUAAACAGAUCAAUUUUUGAUUUUCAAAAGAUUUUUCGAAAUAGUUUGGAAAAACUUGAAAGAAAAUUAAAGGUAAGACGGCAAAUAUUUAUGGCAUGCCACAGCGUUACCGAUUGUAUUAAUUUAUUUGUAUAUUUUCUAACAGAAAUAAUGCUCGAUAAUCGAAAGAUUCCAGAUUAUCGAUUUUGUUCCCAUUAACAUAUAUCCAAUAUUCAUUGAUAAAAAAAGUCAUUUUUUAAUAUCUUAGGUGUUUUCAUGAUAAUUGUAAAAAACCAAACCAGACGAAAAAUAUGAUUUUUUUUUCAAAUUACGGUUGCAACGAUUUCAUUAUUUAAAAUUUUACGGCUUAUGUUUUCUGCUAUAAAUAUUGUUCCAAUAGAUAAAUAACUUGAGACCUUUUUUGUUGCAUUUUUUUUUUAGUUUGUGAAUAAAAAAAUUGUUUCUCGAUUUUCUGGGUAGUUUUAAUAAUAAUUAGAAAAAUCCGGAAAAAACAUAAAACGAAAAAUGACAAAUUUAUGGCAGUAACAUUUCAUUAUUUUUAAUUUUUAUGCAUUCCGUUUUCUACUAGAAAUUUUGUUUAAAAACAAGAGAUACUUUUUGAUUAAUUUUUAAUCUGUUUGGUAACACAAAAAGUCUUUUUUUUAUUUUUGUUAUUAUUUGAGCAAAAUCGAAAAAUACGUAGAAAGAACAGAAAAAAUUACGAAAAUACUGCUUUUAAAAUUUAAAAUUUUGUUUUUGUAAUGUUAUUCAAAUAAAGUUAUUUAUAGAAACUUAAAAUUUGUACAGGAAACUUAUACUUGACUUUUUUAGACGUAGUAAAAUUUUUAAAUUAGUUUAGCAAUUGUUGAGCUAUUUAAAAACAUUUUAAUUUUGCGAGUUUUGUGGGUAAUGUUUAUUUUUGAGGUAUUCUGUAAAAAAAUUGUUAGACUUAAAAGAAAUGCUUGAAAAUUUGAUGGACAGUUCAUUGUAAAUCGUACUUAGUGGUUAAAAAUAAUUAUGUGCAAUGGAGGUAGUAUAUUUUUUUUUUUAAGAGUUUUAAAAUCAAAUUUCGACAAAAAUCAUAAAUAUAACAGCCCGCGGUCUUUUAAGAUAUGUAUAACUUUGCUCUAAAUCAUAUUUUAUGAACAAUGGUAUAUCAUUGGUUACAGGUAUAGUAAUAACUUUAUGUAUCUUAUCUUUCCAACAUCUCGCCUAUAACAGUGGUCACAUGCGUCCCAAUUUUUUUUUUUUUUUACUUAAAUCGUUUAUUAUUCAAAACCGAUUAUUAAUCAUUAUUAUUAAAAUCAAAUGUAGUGUGAUAAUAUUUUUCUUGAUUUUUUAGAAUUCAUAUUAAAAGGAGAAAGCUAUUUUCACUACUUGCUAAGAAUGACAUUCUAUGGUAAUUAAUGUCAUAAUACAUAUUAUUAUUAUAAUAACGGUGACUACAUAUUGUUGGUAAUUAAAUUUGUGUGAUAUAUACGCUUCUAAAAAUUAUUGAAAUUUACUUUUAGCCUCACGUAUACAUUACCCCUUGAGAUUUGCUCAAAGAGAAUUUGGAGAGUUUCUUGGUAAAUAUUUUGAAUUAUCUUGAAAAUUAAUAUUAUAUUAGACUGCAUAAUACAUAAUUAAUAAAAUAUUAUACUAUUAAAACGUAAUUUAAAUAAUUUAAAAAAUGUUAACUUUUUGGUUAGAAUUAAUGUUUAUCUAAUCGUUUCUAAAUAUAUAUAUAUAUAUUUGUUAUGUUAUAUAUUGUUAAUAUUUGUAAUUAAUUUUUCAAUUCAACACUAGUUUUCAAUAUUUAAAAAUUUUAAUGAUUUUUGGUAAACAAUACGUAAUUAUUGUUUCGGAUGGUUAAUAAACAACGAUACUUAUAUUAUAUGUUAUCUAAAAGUGUGUAGGUAAUACUGUAUUUUAAAUUCAUAAUAUUAAACUUUCAGGUGAUUUGGGAGAGGAUAGUAUUGCACAUUUAGAAGCUAUAAAGAUAAAACAACCAUUAAAUCUAAUAAAUGAAAAUCAGUAAACUAAAACAUUCCAAGCAACUGAAGAAAAAAUAACAAAGAAAUAUGCCGAAAUUAAAGAUUAAAAUGCCCUGACGGUAAUAAGAUAACUGAUUUGUUUUAGUGAUGAUUAAUUUUAAUAUAUAUUGAAUUCGUCAUUAAUUAUGUUCUGACCAUAGUAAGAAAUGCUUUACCACAUUAGUUUUACUAAUAUGUGUUCUUUUUGUGUAUGUGUGUGUGAACAAUUUUUCAAAUAUGAAAUUUGCUUCGUUGUAAUCAAGUAUAGCACCUUUUAUAAAAGGUUAUUUUAUCUGAUUACUGCAUUGAGGUGGUCAUUUUUUGAUAUCUAAAGAGUAUUUCAUAAUAAUUCGGAAAAGCCAAAAAAGACGAAAAUAUGAUUUUUUCAAAUUACCGCACAACGGUUUUAUUAUUUUAAAUUUGUAUAGUUUAUGUUUUCCACAAAAGAAUAUUUCUCUAAAAGAAAAACAACAAGAGACCUUGAUAAAUUUUCAUUAGGUAAAGUACAAGCAUGCUGAUAUAUAUAAUCAUACAUAAGAAGUUAUAAGUGAUGUUUUUGAAGAGUCCUGAUUGUUAAAUAUCCUGAAAUCUUAUUAAAAUAUUAAAUUGUCAUAUUGCUCUUGUCUUUUUACACUAGUUUUUUAAAAAGUUAAAAAUGUUGAAUUCAUUGAACUUUUAAAUUGGUGUAAUACGUUAUUAUUCAAUUUUACUGAAAAAUAUUUAAAUAUCUGUAUUUAAUUACUUUUACUCAGAUACUUCACAAGUUUAAAUCCAAACUUUCAUAAUGUAUUAUAUAAUAUUCUAAAAAAGGUAAUGGAGGUCGUUAAAACUGAUUUUUUUUUUAAACUGCUGUCUUAAAUUAAAUUUUUUCCUCUAUUUUUAAAAAUCAUAAAUUAAAUUUUUAUAUUUACAUAUAUUUAUAACAUACAUAUAUUAUUAUAUUUAUAAAUAUUUUAUAUUUUUAUUAAUUACAGGAAAUACGUAACAGUUAAAUUCAUUCAAGAAUACCAUAUAAAAAAUUAACAAGCCUAAUGUAUAAAUAAUAUUGAUAAUUGUAUGGAAACUAAAUAAUUAUUUUAAUAUAGAAGUAUGUAUAGUGAAAAAAAUAUAUUAUAUAGAAUUAUUGACUUGUAUUUUUAUUAGAUUACAGAUUUCAAAUAUAC